AAUAAGUGUACACUUAAUAUUAAAUUUCAGAAAAAUGAAAUUUACGAGAACCUAUCCUUUACAUUUUCAAGUAGAGAAUAAUCUGGUUUUUUAUUGUAAUGAUGGAGUGUAUACUGGUUCUGCUGCCCUACUUAUUGCUGCUAGCACCUACCUGAGAAACCUCUUAACAGUAACCAAACAUACUCAAACAGGGAUAAACAGUGUACUGGAUCCGGAUAUAGAAAUCAGUUUGCCGGACUCUACUGUAGCACAGAUGGAACUUCUGAGUUCUCUUCUAUCAACGGGAAGUAUCCCUGCCAGCAUUAUUAUUCUUACCAUAGAAAAGGCAAAGAAACUAAAAAAGCUAUUUAAACUUCUCAGAAUUGACCAGUUGUCCUCAAAAGAUCUUCAGAUUAUUGAAGUUGAAGAAGUCCAAGCUGAAAUUGAAACGGCUCCAACUAAAUCUGAAGAAAAAAUGACAUUCUCUAAUUCACUUCCAGAACAUCCUUUAAAUCAUGCUUCUUCUUUUCAGUCAAGGUUAAAAGAUCAACAUGUUGUAUCCGAAUCUGAAGAUCAACCUGAAGAUCAAGGCUCUCUUUCUCAAAACAAGCUAUUUAUUAUGACAGAAUAUGUUCCUGAAGACAAGGUUCAACCCAAAGAUCAAAGUAAAGAUCAAUUUGAAGACCAAGAAUUUCUACGUCAAUACCAAGAACAUGUGAUGAAUGUUGAAGAAUGUGUUCUUGAAGACGAAAAUCAACCUGAAAAUCAACCUGAAAAGCAACCUAAAGCUGAACCUGAAGAUCAAGGAUGUCUACCUCAAAACCAUCAAUAUGAAAUAAAGAUUUUAGAAUCUUUUUCUGAACAUGAACAACUUAUAUCUGAAGAUCAAGAAUCUUGGUCUCAAAAUCAGCAAUUCAAUAUGAAGUUUGAAGAAUUUGUACCUGAAGCCGAAGAUCAACCUGAAAAAAAACAACCUAAAGAUCAUCUCGAAGAUAAGGAAUCUCUACCUCAAAAUAAGAAACUCAAUUUGAAGGUUCAAGAAUCUCUUCCUCGAAACCAUCAUGUGAUGAAGGUUGAAGAAUUAGCUCCUGAUGACGAUCAUCAAUCUGAAGAUUUGCCUGAAAAUCAAGAAUCUCUACCUCAUAACAAGCACUUCAUUAUGAAAUUUGAAGAAUCUCUUCCUAAAGAUGAACAAACCUCUGAUGUUCAAGAGUUUGCUCUUGGAGAUAAACAAUCCACAUCUGUUGAUUCAAAAAUGCCGACUGAAAACUUAUCUAUGAUAUUUGAAUCACAGCAAGAUGAUAAGAUAUUUCCAAGAUAUAGAAAUAAAAAACGGAAACGAAUGCAUAAGAAAGAUGUUGGCUAUUGUCCAGAUUGCUCGAAACAAUUUUCUUCAAUGCCUGCAUUAAAAUAUCAUUUAUUACAGCACAAUAACCCGAAGAAGUUUUUGUGCAAACUCUGUGAUCGUUUUCUUCCAUUACCCAAGCAAACACUUCAUAGUAAGCUGCAUGCAAAAGUUGGGAAUAAAUUUAAAUGUAAGAUUUGUGAUAAAGUUUUAGUUAAUGAAGGAUCACUGGCUAACCACAGUAAAAUUCAUGAAGGGUUUAAUUACCGCUGUAAAUACUGUCCUAGAAGCUUCUUCCAGAAGAGUAAUCUGAAUGUUCAUAUUGAGAAAAUGCAUAAGUUUAAAUCUAAGAUUUGUGAUAAAGUUUUAGUUAACAAAGGAUCACUAAUUAAUCCUAACGAUCUGAAAUACCGCUGCAGAUCGUGUCCUAAAAGCUUCAACCAAGAGAAAAAUCUGAAUGUUCAUGUUGAGAAAAUGCACAGUUCUUGGUCUCUUAAGCCCUAGUUUUUCUCUUAACGGCGGCCAGCUCCCCGUCUCAAAGUUUUAUAAAAGAUCCCCUUUAUCAGUAAUAUUAGAUUUAUAGUCAAAAGAACUUCUGUGUAUACCAUUUUUCCGAAUGUAUAAUAUAUUCAAAAAAUGUAGCUUAUGGUAAAAAAUUGUAUUGUUAAAAAGAUAUCCUGUAAAAGUUUGUUAUUCUACUACUUAUGUUUUUUUGCUCAAGCAAGUGGAUCUCAAGGCCAGCCUAAUGUCAAUGCCUCAUCCUCUAAUGAUUGCAAACGCCCAUUUUCAAACAGAGAAGAUUCAGUUGAUGAUCUUAACAAUGACAACGAACCAACCAGUUGUACCAUGUGUUCAAAGACAUUUUCUUCCAAAAGUGAUCUGAAAUAUCAUUUGGGACAGCACGAGAACAAGAACAAAUUCUACUGCAAUCAAUGUCAAAGAUAUUUUCCGUUGGCAGAUCACAAAUUUCAUGGUUUUUUUCUUUGCUCUGACUGUAAACGCAUAUUUAAGAGUGAACUAUCUCUGACGCACCACCAACAAGAUCAACACUCAAAUAUCUAAAUAUAAAUUAAAUAUUAAAUUAAAUUGUUUUUAAGUUUUAUUGUUGGAAGAUUGCAUUAAAGUAAACUUUCCCUGAUGACAAAUAAAAAAAAUAUUUUCAAUAUAAUCAUAUUCUAAACCGAAGUCACAAGUGAUCUCAAGAGGCAAUAUUUCUUUAUUGUUUUAUCAAAUCUAAUCUUUAAGUAUUCUUAUAAAAUGUUUAGUGAUGUAGUUAAAGAGAUCUGUAAUAUGUUUGUAAUUUGAAAAACGCACAUAAAAUUAUCCUUUCUAAUAUGUUUUAACCUUUCUUCUUAAUACUUCUGCAGAACUUCUAUAAAUAAAUAAUCUUUAAUAAAAUCUAAAUUAUAAAAAGUUUUAUCUUUCAAUUAUAAAACUAGAUUAUAAAAAUAUGUCGGAUGCAGUUUUUUAAGAAUGUAAAUAACAUUUUCCUUAUUUCAGA